CGGCCCGGCCCCGCAGCGCAGCGGGCUCCCGAGCAGAGGGCAGCGCCCACCAUGCCCCCAGCGGCCGUGGCAGCACCAGGCUCCGCCGGCCGCUCCCCGGCGGCUUAGAGCGGCGGCAGCCCACGUGCGGAGCGGCCUGGCGGCGGGAUGACGCAACCGGGGAUCCCCGCAGGGGGGAUUCCCUCGCAGGUCAAUGGGGCUCUGAAACCGGGAGCUCCCAUCAAUGCCUGCAAGAGAUCAAAGGGAAGAGAAACAGCCAAAGUGUCACAGGAUUUUCCUUGUCCCCUACGCACCUCCAAGGAUCAGUCGUCUCCAAUAGGCUAUCGUAAGGACCAAUCUUUAGCCUCUAUGUUUGUUCCUUUCGUCGUACACCCUGGGAGUCAUAAGCCUGAUUCACUCAAGUUUGUCUUCUAUAAAUCGAAUUACUCUAAUUCGUACGCGCCAUUUUACACUGCGCAGAAGCCAACCUGUGGGUACCGGUAUUGCCGGGACACCGAUCACACCAGGAAGGUGAUGGACGUAGAGAGGGCAAACAUUGUCAAGUGGAGACCCAUUGUGGGGACGAAACCACAGUUGGUUACAAUAAACCCAAAGCAACGAAACUGA